AUGGUGUCAUUCAGAGGGUUGACCGCAGUUGCCCUGUGCCUCGCAAAAUUAGUAACCUGUAGUCCCGUUUCUGCUAAAAAUAAAGAUUCCAUACAGUUUAUUUACGGAGAAAGGGAAAGUAUAUAUUCCGGCGUCGAUAGUCAAUCAAUUAAUGAUAAGAUUCAUGGGGUUAAUUUAGGCGGGUGGUUAGUGUUAGAGCCGUAUAUCACACCAUCUUUAUUCGAAGCUUUCCGCACGAACCCACAUAAUGAUGACGGUAUUCCUGUGGAUGAGUACCACUUUUGUCAGAGAUUAGGUUACGAAAAAGCGAAAGAACGCCUUCAUAACCAUUGGACAACAUUCUACAGAGAGGAAGAUUUCGCGAGGAUUGCUUCUCAAGGGUUCAAUUUGGUUAGGAUUCCCGUCGGGUAUUGGGCCUUUACAACUUUGAGCCAUGAUCCCUAUGUUACCGCAGAACAAGAAUCCUUUCUGGACCGAGCCAUUGAUUGGGCAAGAAAAUACAACCUAAAAGUAUGGAUUGAUUUGCAUGGAGCGGCCGGCUCACAGAACGGCUUUGAUAACUCGGGAUUGAGAGAUUCAUAUAAGUUUUUGGAUGAUGAAUAUUUGAGUGCCACCAUGAAAGCCUUGACGUACAUUUUAAGCAAAUACUCAACUGAUGCAUACUCGGACACUGUUAUUGGAAUAGAAUUGCUCAACGAGCCGUUGGGGCCAGUUUUUGACAUGGAAAGAUUGAAAAAUUUCUUUUUGAAGCCUGCUUAUGACUACUUGAGAAAUAAGAUUAUGAGUAAUCAAAUUAUUGUCAUACAUGAUGCUUUCCAACCUUACAAUUACUGGGAUGGUUUUUUGAACGAUGAGAAAGAGAGACAUGGCGUCAUCAUUGAUCAUCAUCACUAUCAAGUGUUCUCCCCCAUCGAACUAGCAAGAAAAAUGGAUGAACGUAUUAAAAUUGCCUGCCAAUGGGGAAUCGGUGCCCUUAGUGAAACGCACAGAUCUGUAGCUGGCGAAUUUUCGGCAGCCCUAACUGAUUGUACAAAAUGGUUAAAUGGCGUUGGCCUUGGUGCGAGAUAUGAUGGAACUUGGGCCAAAGGUAAUGAAAAAUCCAGUUACAUCGGUUCCUGUGCAAACAAUGAGAACGUUGCCUUGUGGUCCGAAGAAAGGAAACAGAACACUAGAAAGUUUAUCGAGGCCCAAUUGGAUGCUUUUGAGAUGACAGGUGGAUGGAUUAUGUGGUGCUACAAGACAGAGAACAGUAUCGAAUGGGACGUUGAAAAGUUAAUUCAGCAGAGCCUUUUCCCGCAACCCAUUACUGACAGAAAAUUUCCAAAUCAAUGCCGCUGA